AUGUAUUCAUCAUCAUUAUCAUCAUUGUCAUAUAAAAAAAUAUUUAUAAAUAUCAAUAUAAUUUUUAUUUUAUAUAUUUCAGUAGUUUUCGGAUAUAUUUGUAAUGAGGAUGUACCUCGUCUAACUAGAUGGUCUAAUGCUGCAAGCUGGCCAAACAAGUUGGUUCCAAAAGCGAAUGACGCUGUUAUCAUUCAGACGAAAAUAAUGUUGGAUUUGGAAUCUCCCCCACUCGCAUAUGUACUUGUCAAUGGGAGUGGAAUGUUAAUUUUCGAAGAUAAACCUGGUGUUAGCCUUACAACACAAGCUCUCAUCAUUGUAGAUGGUGGUAGUGUUUGUAUUGGCAGUCCUCUUUGUCCAUACACCAACAAGACAACGAUCACUCUAACCGGUUACUCUGAGUAUACAGCCAACAAUUUCACAGUGGACGGCUUUCCCUAUGGCCAAAAAGUGAUUGCUGUGGGCAAAGACGGAACAUUGGAAAUUCACGGACAGGAACCACUUCCUGCUUGGGCAAAGCUAGAUAGAAAUGGACGGCCUGGUGAUACGCUGCUGACCUUGAAUUCUAAAGUAUCUUGGAAGAGUGGAAGUGAAGUAAUGAUUGCCAGUUCAGAUUACGACUAUGGUCAGACCGAGUUUAAUACCAUUGUAGAUUGUCCAAGUUGUGCACCAAAUCAAAUCAAAUUGGCAAAUCCACUGGUAUAUCUACAUUGGGGAACCUUUAUUGAGGGAAUGGAUCAACGCGCUUCAAUUUCGAUGAUAACAAGAAACAUUGUAGUUAGAGGAAGAGUAGAAGAAAACCAUUGUGUAUCCAACCCUUUGGUUUGUCGAUUCUUUCCAAACUACACAUUCGGUGCACAUAUAAUGAUUACUCGUGGCUUUAAGAAUGCUCAUUUCAACUCGUUACGACUAGAGUUUAUGGGACAACCACAUAUGAUAUCAAGAUAUCCUAUUCAUUUCCAUAUGGUUGGUGAUGUAUCAACUUAUUUCUUUCGUCCAUACGUUAAGAAUACGGUGAUAUUGAAUUCACACAAUCGGUGUAUUGUACUUCAUGGCGUUUAUGGAUUGUUGGUUCAGGACAAUGUUGCAUACGACCACAUUGGACAUUGCUAUAUGCUUUGCGAUGGCAUUGAGAUGAACAAUGUAAUCGAUCGUAACAUUGGUAUUCUCACGCGUUCCGGAUUGGUAACACCCGCCGACAGAAACGAUGAAAUGUGUAAGGCAUACAAACCAUUGGAUUUCAAUGGAAAUCCAACUCAGGUAACUGAAUGUAAUGCUGUUUCCACCUUUUGGAUAUCCAAUCCCAAUAAUGUUUUAACCAACAACAUUGCCGGUGGCUCAGAGAAUACCGGAAUCUGGUAUGUUGUUCCCGAGUAUCCGGGUGGCGAGUCAUUCUCAACCGGUGUAGACCAACAUAUCCAACCGGUUUACACUCUUAUCAAAAAGUUUCAAAAUAACACUGUUCAUUCGAACCGAGUUCUCGGAUUCAAUCUCGACAGUGGUUUGAAACUUUAUCCACCAUCCAAAGAGGAGCCACAACAAAUCAACUCACUCAUUAGCAUCCGUUACAACCCGAGAGUUGAUUUUACCAAUAGAGGUUCUCCAAUGAGACCAGCUCUUUUAGAAGGUUUGGUUUGUUAUAAGAAUAUGUGGAGAGGUGCAUGGGCAAGAGGAAAUAUCAUCAUGGAUAAUUGUUAUUUUGCUGACAAUGCUAUUUCCCUAACACUAGCAUCGGAGGGAACCUAUCCUUCCGAUAAGGGCAUUGCUCAGCUAGUUACCAACUCGUUAUUUAUCGGAGAGUCGGAAAACAAUGGUUCAUACUCUUGGGAUAGAGCACCCGUUCAUCGAAACAGAACGAAUCCAUUUGGUGAGAAUUGGAAGAUGCCUAUCAGAGGAUUCGAAGUCUAUGAUGGACCAGUUAUGGUUACAAACUGUAGUUUUCGACACUUUAAGCGAUAUGACGAUAGGAAUAUUAGUGCAAUAUCAUGGUACCGAUUGCACGAUUAUACAUUCUCAUCACUAUCAUACAUGGAAAAUAAUGAAUUCAUUGAUGUUGACCAUAAACUAUAUAUGAAUAAUUUAUAUCAAGAUGGUGAUAAAUGUCAAAAUAUUUUCGAUAAAGAUAAACUUUUACAUUAUGUUAGAAAUAUUCCAAUUUAUAAAACAGAUAAAUGUAUUGAAGAACCAGAAAGAAAUUUGUUGGUUUGCAAUGAAUCAAUGGCGUAUAUUUAUUUUUAUGUUCCAUAUCCAGAGCGUGUCGAGUAUAAUAACAAUGGACCUCAGUUGGUAGUAGCCAGAGAUACACACCUAAAUCUUACACUAUCAGGACUUCCUAAUCAUAAUCCAAAGAAUCAUUUUCUGGUUUUGGUCCACAAGAACUAUGAAUAUACAUUCCAUUUCGAUAAGCAUCCGGUUCCACAAGUAUUCGAUUUAGAAGCAAUCAAUUGGGACCAGAAUGAUACAAUGGAUAUUGGAAUAUGUAUUGGUGUCAAUUCCAUACGGUCCCUACAAGUCGAAAAGGUGAUCGGAUAUAAAACCUUACCAAAACUCUUCCCCGUGUCAGAUAGAUUAAAAUUAGAUAAUAAUUCUUAUUUCUAUGAUACAUCCAAUGGAAUGUUGUUUGUAAAGUUAAAUCAAAUACAAAAGAGACCGGAUCUUUAUGCAUUUCCAGAGGACGGUAGUGAAAGAAUCAGGAUUACUCUGGAGCAAUCACCAGUUUUCGCUGUAGCCGAUUGUCGUACCAACUAUUACACCAACUCCCUAAUGAUAUUCAAUGAAUCGAUUCAUUAUCUAUUUAAGAAUUCAAUAUUAAAUAAUAUAAGUCCAAUACCAAUUGCAACAAAUGAAAGUAUAGCACACUUUGGCAAGCGAUACAUUGCUACAACCAUUCCAUUUCAAAUGAAACUACAUUCUUCAAGUCCUUUUCCUUUGAAAGAAUUUAGUUACUUGGAAUUCUGGGUAAUGACAUCUACCACCAAUUCAGCCAUUGACUUUGUAAUUGGAUUAAUCACUGAAAAUAAUCUCGAUGUUCCGAUUCCAAUAGCAGAUUACAAAUUCAACAAUUUUAAUGCUCAAGUUUGGAACCCAAUACGUAUUUCACUUUCAACAUUGAAUCUUAACACAUUCACAGAUAUCACAAUUUAUGGAUAUUCUUCUUCUUCACAAACUAUUUUUAUAGAUGAUAUUGGUUUAAUUUAUUAUCCUUAUACAAUGAUGUAA